AUGGGAGCCAUGAAACAAGUGAACAAAAAAGACGAAAGCGGCCGAACAGCUCUUCAUCUCGCUGCUGAGAGUGGUAAUUUGAAGGACGUUAAAAAGCUAAUUGCGAGAGGAGCGGAAGUUGAUUUGACAGACAAUCAUCAGCGCGAACCUCUUCAUUUGGCUGCUAUGAAUGGUUCUAAGGAUGUCGUUGACAAUCUCAUCACGAAUGGAGCCAAUCUUAAUUCUGAAGAUUGCGUUCAUCAGACACCUCUUCAUCAUGCUGCUAUAAGGGGACACAAGGAUGUCGCUGAAAAAAUCAUCACGAAAGGAGCCAAUCUUGAUUUAGGAGAUCGCUAUGAUUUGACACCUCUUCAUUAUGCUGUAAUAAAAGGCCACACGGAUGUCGCUGAACUUCUCAUCGACAAUGGAGCCAAUCUUGAAUUAAGAGAUCACAAUGAUGAGACACCUCUUCAUCAUGCUGCAAUGAGAGGCCACAAAGAUGUCGCCAAACUGUGCAUCGAUAAAGGAGCCAUUGUUGAUAGUAAAAAUAGAAUGAAACUUACACCUCUUCAUGAUGCUGCAAUGAUGGGUCACAAGGAUGUCGUUGAAUUGCUUCUCAAGAAUAAAGCCAAUGUUAAUUCGGAAGAUUAUUUUCAUCAAACACCUCUAGAUCGUGCUAUUUACAAUGGCCACACGGAUAUCACCAAACUUCUCAAGGCCAAUGGAGCCGUUAAAUCAAAUGAAAAUUGAAGAUUGUAUCAUUAAAUCAAAUGAAAAUUGUACGAUGCACACUCCAAUGGAUCAACGCAGUGAA